AUGUCGGACAAACUUUCCGAGCCUCGUUAUAUCAAUUUUCCAAGCCUACCCACCGAUGCGAAACACCCAGAUGGCUCCCCCGCACUCAAUCGGCAUUCGUCCACAAUCACCCGCGGACAUGAAUUCCCGGGAGCUCGAGCCAUGCUCUUCGCGGCUGGUGUUCCUGACAAGGAAGCCAUGGCCAAAAGCCCGCACGUGGGCAUUGCCUCCGUCUGGUGGGAAGGAAAUCCCUGCAAUAUGCACCUGAUGGACCUGGCGAAGACGGUGAAAAAGUCUGUUGUUGAGAAGGGGAUGAUUGGCUGGCAAUUCAACACCAUUGGUGUGUCAGAUGCCAUCACAAUGGGCAGUGACGGUAUGCGAUUCUCGUUACAGACUCGGGAAAUCAUUGCCGACAGCGUUGAAACCGUCACCUGUGCUCAGUAUCACGACGCAUGUAUCGCAAUUCCUGGCUGCGACAAGAACAUGCCCGGUGUGGUGAUGGGAAUGGCCCGGCACAACCGUCCCUCAAUCAUGAUAUACGGCGGUACGAUCAACAUUGGAUAUUCGGAGUAUCUCCGUAAGCCGAUCAAUAUUUCAACCUGCUUUGAAGCGGCGGGUGCUUACGCCUAUGACACAUUGCGACAGCCCGACGACGGUGGGGAUACGAGCAAGACCAAGGAUGAGAUCAUGGAUGACCUCGAGCGACAUGCUUGCCCCAGCGCCGGCGCUUGUGGUGGUAUGUUUACGGCAAACACAAUGGCCACCGCGAUUGAGUCUAUGGGUCUAUCCUUGCCUGGUUCUUCCUCUACACCAGCGUCAUCGCCCUCCAAGAUGCGCGAAUGUGUGCGUGUGGCCGAAGCCAUCAAAAUUUGUCUGGAGAAAAACAUCCGUCCCCGAGACCUCUUGACCAAGCGAUCCUUUGAGAAUGCACUCGUGAUGACAAUGGCGCUGGGUGGAUCUACCAACGGAGUUCUUCAUUUCUUGGCUAUGGCACGCACUGCUGGUGUGGAUUUGACUUUGGAUGAUUUCCAGCGGGUCAGCAACAAGAUCCCAUUUAUUGCGAACCUCUCCCCCAGCGGCAAAUACUACAUGGCCGAUCUCUACGAGAUUGGAGGCAUUCCGUCGGUCCAGAAAUUACUCAUUGCUGGAGGACUUUUGGACGGUGGAAUCCCUACGGUGACUGGCAAGACACUGGCAGAAAACGUCGAAUCAUUCCCGUCAUUGCCACAAGAUCAGACCAUCAUUCGCCCAUUAGAUAACCCGAUCAAGACGACGGGCCAUAUCCAGAUCCUGCGUGGUAAUCUUGCUCCCGGCGGUGCUGUGGCUAAGAUUACGGGCAAGGAGGGUCUCAAAUUCACCGGUAAAGCCCGUGUCUUUGAUAAGGAGAAACAGUUGAACGACGCUCUAGACGAGGGUCGCAUCCCACGUGGGGAGAACUUGGUUCUGAUCGUCCGCUACGAAGGCCCAAAGGGCGGACCUGGAAUGCCGGAACAGCUCAAGGCCAGCGCCGCACUGAUGGGUGCCAAGUUGACCAACGUUGCCCUCAUCACGGAUGGGAGGUAUUCGGGAGCGAGCCAUGGAUUCAUCGUCGGCCAUAUCACACCCGAGGCAGCUGUAGGAGGGCCGAUCGCACUGGUUCGGGAUGGCGAUCUAAUCACGAUCAACGCUGAGAACAACGAAAUUUCCAUGGAUGUUUCUCAGGAGGAACUUGACGAACGUCGCCGCCAGUGGACGCCGCCCGAGCCACAGAUCACCCGGGGCGUGCUUGCCAAAUACGCUCGUCUGGUGGGCGAUGCAUCACACGGCGCGAUGACUGAUCUCUUUUAG